AUGCCGAGUACGGACAUGAGGCGAUACUAUCGCGGAGUUCAUUAUCCGACCAACGGCUCGUCACCCUCGCCCACCUCGUCCUCUUCGACCUCGCCAAUGGCGUCUCACUUGUCCAAGAAAAAGACGAAAUCCCCUCACCAUUGGUUCGUGGAUCACCACGAUCAAGCCUCCGACUAUUACACCAAGAAAAAGGUCGAGACCAAGACCACUAAAAACACAGAAAAACGCAUUCAGCGUCAACUGGUUCUCAACGAUGGUCGGGUGAUUGAUCGUGCCAGUCCCGAGGUCGUGGUGGAUCGGGUUGAGGAUUCAAAAACAUACGAAGAGAACUAUGACCGAGAUGAUAGAGAUGCCAAUGGGCGCCAAUAUCGGUUCGAACAUAUUCCAAGGUUGGAGUACGCCAAGCACUCCAAAAGACGCGAUGUUGCUGAUGACAUCGUGGACGACCGGUUCACUCGAAUCAUCAAUACCCAUGAUGUCCAAGAGAACGAGACGACCACGAAAGCCAGUCAGCCCUUGGGACGGAUCUCUCGACGAGCCUUGGACAAGGCUCUUCGUGAGAAUCGACCCAUUCGAGAUGUCAUCAAAAAGAGCUCCAGGAGCCGAAGUGAAGUGGCCUCCAGACCGAAAGUGGUGCAUACCCAAAAGCGUCACAAGAAAAUCAUAGACACCGAGGACAUCCACAACAUUAGCCGUCGACUGGACAACGGGAAAGUCUUCACUGAAACCUAUCGCACCCAGGAACACGAAGUCAUCAAUGAUCGGGAGGACCCCGACACCAGUUCCCAUACGACCAGGAGGUCACCCUCGGACUAUUGCAUUAAAGACAAGCAAAAAUACUCUCACUUGAAGAACGAAGACUUCACCGAGUACUACCGAGUUCCAACGGGCAGUCACAACCUCAAACAGAGCCAGUUUUUAGGCAAAGGAAAACACAUCACGGCUGAGGAGAGAGAGUUCCACAAAGGCCGAUACGAUUGGGACGAAUUGUCGGAUCGGAUCAAGCAGAACCGAGAAAUGGUCCACCGACGAUUACAUGCCACUCAGUCGGCCGAAAGGAAGGAUGCACUCACGAAGAAGCCACUGAAUUUCUUUAAAGAGGAAAAGACUAGGAAGAAAGAGACUGACAAGUGGUUGGAACAACAUUUCGGCAGCGAUUGGAGUCUCACCACAUCCUCUAGUGGGUCCAACCGGGGACGUCUCUGGAAGUAUCAGUUUGAUCAAAAUGGGCAUUACAGCAGCAAAGCCAACAACCAUAACAAUCGCACCACUCAAGAUCAACAGGCGAACUCGAAUCCAGUCACGCAUGGAAACCGGGGAGUUCGAAGGAGCAUGUCGUUCACCUCGAUCCCCAUAGCUUACCAGAACCCCCCCUCAAACCUGGGAGAUUAUAGUCGCACGCUAACAAAGGAAAAGGAGAAGGUAGUGAAAACCACCACCACGACGUACCACCCCACCAUGGAGACGACCACUCACACCACCAUCACCAGGGAUGAGUAUCCUGCCAUUCAUCAGAAACGGCUUUAUAAUAGUACCUUUAACUUGGCCUCGCCCCAAAUUGACUAUCCUCUUUUGAAAAACGGGUCCAUUACCAGCAGUCGAAGAAGCCAGAAAGAGAGCUCACCCUUGAUCGAUCGAUUUCACUCCACUCAAAGUUUACAUCGGCGCUCACAUCACCACAACCAGCCUCAGCAUCACCAAUACCAACACCAACAAGAGCAGAGUCGACGAUAUGAAGAAGAGAGACGGCAAGAAGAGACCCGGCAAGAGAAACGAAGGCAAGAAGAAAGGCGACAUGAGGAAAGAAGACAAGAGGAAAGAAGACAAGAGGAGACCCGGCAGCAUCAAGAGGAUCGACAACAAGCCUAUAAACACCGCCAAGAACACCAGACCCGUGGGCAUUGGCAAGACCAACAACAAACUACUCGGCAUUACCAACCAGAAGAACGGCAGCAACAACAACGCCAACAUCACCAACACCAGGAACAGCACCACCACCAACACCAUCAACAGCAACAGCAACAAAACACCCAGAACCAUCAACAAUUCCAAAAUAAGCAGUCACAUCACCGUCAGACUGAAGAGUCCCACUCUAGUCGGAGAUAUCACCAUACCAGCCGCAAACAAGAGCAACACAAUCACAAUGCCUUCAACAGAGAGGAAUUGGAAUCGAAUCAUUCUCGCCGGUCGAGACCAGUCACUAUUGAGCGGAUGCCCGAACCCAAGGAGAGAAGGGUCUAUCCCACUUUUGAGACCCAGGAAACGAGUCAAGAAACGUCCCAAGAAGCUCAGCAAACUGGAUUCGCUUCCGAGACACGCCGAGGACACGUUGAGCUUCGGCAACCUCUGUAUAUCACUGAAUUUAGGAAAGAGAAACUUUACCCGGCCUAUUCGGAGAACAACCUCCUGACGUCCACACGUUUGGACGACUCGCGUUAUAGUAAUAAAUUUCAACCACACCAACAAAGUCAAAGCACGGAUCGCUACCAAGCCCGAGACUAUUUGGGAUUCCGAAGCCUUGAACGCUCCGAUGCCCGGAAUUCCGUCUCCCGGGAAAACACGCCCUCGCCUUCGGAUUCGUCCAAGCACUCGAAAAACAGUAGCGGCCUAAAAGGCCGAAGUCGCAGUCACAGUUUUUUGGUGAAGCCCUCGACGUUUCGCUUCGAGGACGCUUUCUAUCACCAUCGGCACGAUAUCGACAACGAUUUCAUCUAUGAUCGGAAUGAGCGCAAGUUUGUGAAGAACACGAGCUUGAAACACGGCCAUAGUGAUCUCAGACUGGAUCGAAACGUAGGUGGGGGUUCCCAAGACCAUCUACGGCUCACGGCCGGCCCUUACCACAAAGAGUUGGUACACCAUCAACAUCAAAUCGAACCGCAGAGAUUCAAGACCAUCAUUUUCCUCUCUGGCACUUAG